GAAUCAUCACGUGACUACACAGAAACCCGAGCCAAGGCACUAGGCUCGAUGGAGUACUUUGUAUUCCAAACACGCAAACGCAGGAUGCGGCUGACGUGCAUUCUCGUAUCAGAAAUUUGGAUCUCAGAAUUCAAACUUCCAGGUACAUUAUUCCGUAUGUCCGUCGGUGGUCAAAAUCAAUUAGGAAAAACAUUGUCUCUGCUGACGCUAGCCCGUUGCAAUACGAGCAGACUUGUAUGCCAAUUGAACGCGGACUUUGAACUUGUCUUAUCUUGGAGAUCACGAAAAGGCGAAGUUUUUGGAAUCAAUUGUGGCGGAUAAGACAUAUGAGCUCCAAAUAUGGCAGAUGAAUCCCAAGAUGCAUCCUUCGCAUCAUUUUGGCACCGAUCUGUUGAUAAGAUCUCGUCCCAGAAGGUCAAAUUUAUGCCAAAUAUCACGAGAAUUAAGACUUCCAAGGACGAGAAUAGCGAAAUAAAAGCUGGCACAGCUCAAAAACAACAUAGACGAGCUCAAGUCAGACGAGCUCAAAUAGAACAUCGACAGCGAAAACAGAACUAUGUCAAACAUCUUGAGGAAGAUGUGAUACGUCUUCGGGGGAUGAUUGCUACAACAGAAGACGAAAGUUCGGCCUUGAUGAAAGAAAAUAGAGCAAUAGAAUCGACGUUAUCAGCUUCAGGUAUCAAGGAUCUGUCCAGUCUAAAAUCACGAAUUAGAAAACUACCUGGCGACCAACCGAUCAAUUUGCUUCCUCCACAAGAAUAUGAACCACUCCGCGGUCUUGCUACCUCCGAUGUAACCCAACAGAUAAGACCUACCAUUAGAACUGUCGACUACGAGUCAGAAAAUGAUAGACUUUCCAGCUAUAUCAAUGAUAUGCUCACUCAGGACAGUGAUCCACUCAAUAAUUACUUCUCCGACAAUCAUAAUUUACCACAUUCAAGUACUUCAUCUGGUUCUCAUAUCAAUAUUCAAUUCGAUGAGUUUCUAAAUGCAUCCUGCCUUCAUCUUAGCGAGUCAUCCGACAGUUCCACUAAAGGAUAUGGGGCAAUUGAUCUUUCCAAACCUCUACCGCCACUUCCCGGUCAAGCGUCGGUACCUUCAAAUGCAGUACAGAAAUCAUCACCUGACAUAUCGGUUAUGGCGAUAAAUUUUAUUCUUGCUCUCGAACACCCUUGUCGCACCCAUUUUCACCAUAUACCAGAUACUCCUCCCCCUUUCGAUCCCGCCGGAGAUCCAUCCGGUCACGAGCUCAUGGCCUCAACACAAAUCUUCGCUCAAGCACCGCUUGAAGCAUUUAAUGAAUCAACUUCCGAAGUUUCGUGGUUUUCUUCUUCCGUUUCUUUGGCUCGGCUACAUGCCAUAUCGCAGUCACUACCUGUUUCAGACUUUGAAAUUACUCCUGUUCAGGCAUGGUUUAUGAUAGCCGAGAAAUAUCAUGACGAUAUCGAGAAAAUAGUCGGAACAAAAACUAUGAAUAAUUUGAAGAGAGGCCUGGGUAGUCUAUCUCGCUGUUACCAGUUUGGAGCUGUGAUGGAUGUUGACAGCUUUUGGGAGGUAGUGGAUGACGUUAUGAUACAAAAUGGGAGUUGA